GUCGGGCCCGACAGGGGUAAAGGUGGCUUGGCGUGGGCCCGGGUGGUGUGUAUGUGGAAGGAGGGUCCUUGCCGCGUUCGCCGCCUGCACCCCCCCCGAACCUCCGUCCGGGCUCCAGUCCCGAGUCAGCACGUCCAGUCCCCUGCAUCCGGCCGGCGGCCCCCACUCUCCUCUGCGUGACGGCCCGGCCCUGCCCGGCCAGUGUGAGGGCGACUGGAUGCGGCAGCCCCCGACUCCUCUGGGCGGCGCUGGCGACUGCCCCUGCUGCCGGCUGUGUGCGGGGCUCCCCCUGUCCUGGGGCUCCCCUGAUCUCAGGGCGGCCUCCUCCCCAGCCUUUGCACACCGCCACCCCUCACCGCCCCCCAGUCUUGGGUCUGGCCUGGGAGGAAACAUCUGUCGCGCCCCCUGGCAGCAGAAAUGGGGUCAUGACCUCCAGAUGUGCUGGGAAGCGUCCAGCGGCUCCUCCUGGGGCAGCCAGGCCUUCCGGAUCUGUGGGGGCGGGGCCGGCCCUCUCCCCCCAGUGACACAGGCUGCGAGGAAUGUCCCGGCCUCAAUGGACCCUGUGUGAAGCCGCCGGGUGGGGGGCAGAGCCCAAGCACACCCCCCAAGGCAGGGCCAGAGCCCAGCACUGGGCCAGAACAAGAGGCAGCCCACGGGCUGUGCACACACACGUACACAGAGCUCAGCUCACACGGAACAGGGGCCUCCACAGCUCCCCUCUCUCAUGUCCCCUCCCACCCCAACACACACAUCACAGCCCAGACCCAAGAGCUUGGCACAUAGAGCAAGGGCCUGCCUGCCUCACCACCACAUACUUAACACAUGGCCAGCUUCACACUCUUGAACCUCCUUUCAGUCUCCCAGUGGUGUUGGCAAAGGGCAGAAGGUUUAACCCCAUUUUAGAGAUGAGAGAACAGAGGCUAGACAUUGUCCUAGGAGAAACUAUGGGAGGAGGCACCCCAAGCUUGGAGGCCUACCCUUGCGUGGUCCUGGAGCUUUAGAUGAGGGCUGCACGGAGCCCCUGCCCCCACCCUGUCCUAGCCCAGCCACACACAGUGUCACUGGAGGAUGCGCGAAGACCUGCCAGCAAUUGUCUGUGUUCCCAGUGGAGGGUCCCACAUCCCUGCCCUGCCUGCCCACACCAACCUGGGUUCACCUGCGGUGGCUUCCCCUCCCCACUUUCUCACAUCACCCUUUGCAUCUGCCCUUGGUCUUGACGCAUUUCCUCAUUUAGCAGGUCACGGGCGCCUUGGGUGUCUCAGUCUGACAUCCUGUGAGACUUUGAGCCUCAGCCCAACCCCCACUCACCUCACACCUACCCACACAGGGAUAGGAGUGGGCAGGUACUGCACUGUUUAGGCCUGGGAGAUUGACAGACCCAGGUUCAAAUCCUAGCUGUAAUGUGGAAUUACUUCAGGCAAGAGCCUCCUCUUAUCUGGACCUCAAUUUAACCAUUUGUCACAUGGGCCUCAGACUUCCCCGUCAGUAUCAGUGAGCCCAGGUAGGCAGAGGUCCCAUGGUCCCAGUUCCUGUAAAGGAGCUUCAUCCAUGUGACUCCUUCCCCUGCCCCCAGGCAUGGCCGCAGUCACCUGCAGAGAGUGGGCCUGGCUGGGCCUGUCCUUCAGGCCAGGGUGAUGGGUCCCAUGACUGCACUGGUGUGAUCCCAGAACCUUCCUCAGGAUAUGGGGCUGAGCAGGGGGCUGGGCUCAGAGUUGGGGCCACUUCCUGUACCAAAGGAAGUCCUCUUGUCGUUUCUAUUGCCCUGCCAGUGCCCCCUGGGAACCCCUGUGUCCUUGAGGUAUUGAGGCCAUGAGGGCCAGGGCAUUGAGACUCGGCUUCUGGGUGCUCAGCUCCUCAGGGACCCUGGAGGAAGUGGGAGGGGCAGGGAGGAAGGUCUCUGGGGACAGGACGUCCUCCCUUUGUCAAGUGGGCCGGACCCAGACACCAGUGGCCCCAUGGGUUUCCCGUCCGUGCGGGGACAAAUCAUCUAUCUGACUGGGCCAGGACUUGGCGGGGACCCUCAUUCUGGGCCCAGGCCAAAGCCAAGGGCAGGAACUGGCCUGCCGCCUGGGCACCAACCACCCGUGCCCGCCAAUGCGACCCGGCCCCCGGAGAGCCAGGCCCACAGCGCGCCCAUGUGGGCCGGCGGCGUGGGGAGCCCUCGGCGGGGCGCGGGCCCUGCGCCCACCGAUGACCUCUUCGCCCGCAAGCUGCGCCAGCCUGCCCGGCCGCCGCUGACGCCGCACACCUUCGAGCCGAGGCCGGCCCGGGGCCCGCUCCUGCGCAGCGGCAGCGACGCGGGCGAGGCCCGGCCCCCCACGCCAGCCAGCCCUCGUGCCCGUGCCCACAGCCACGAGGAGGCCAGCCGCCCUGCCGCGGGCCCCACCCGGCUCUUCACGGACCCGCUGGCCCUGCUGGGGCUGCCGGCCGAGGAGCCAGAGCCCGCCUUCCCGCCAGUGCCUGAGCCCCACUGGUUUGCCCACUAUGACGUGCAGAGUCUGCUCUUUGACUGGGCUGCCAAGCCUCGGGGGACAGGGGGCCACGCAGAGGCCGGCUCUGGGCCUCCGGCCUCUGCUGAGGACCCAUCUGCCAGCUCGGACCUGCUGCUCGGGGCGCCUGGCUUUGUGAGUGAGCUCGGGGGUGAGGGCGAGCUGGGCCUGGGUGGACCCGUGUCCCCACCCGUGCCCCCUGCACUGCCCAACGCCGCCGUGUCCGUCCUGGAGGAGCCGCAGAACCGGACUUCAGCCUACAGCCUGGAGCAUGCAGACCUGGGCGCUGGUUACUACCGCAAGUACUUCUAUGGCAAAGAACAUCAGAACUUCUUCGGACUGGACGAGGUGCUGGGUCCGGUGGCAGUGAGCCUGCGGCGGGAAGAGAAGGAAGGCAGCGGAGGGGGCACUCUGCACACCUACCGCAUCAUCGUGCGGACCACACAGCUCCGGACCCUCCGCGGCACCAUCUCGGAGGAUGCGCUGCCGCCGGGGCCCCCGCGGGGCCUGUCCCCUAGGAAGCUUCUGGAAUACGUGGCUCCGCGGCUGAGCCCGACCUGCCUGCGCCUGGGCUCGGCUUCACCGAAGGUGCCACGCACGCUGCUCACGCUGGACGAACAAGUGCUGAGCUUCCAGCGGAAGGUGGGCAUCCUGUACUGCCGCGCGGGCCAGGGCUCGGAGGAGGAGAUGUACAAUAACCAGGAGGCGGGACCGGCCUUCAUGCAGUUCCUCAACCUGCUGGGCGACGUGGUGCGGCUCAAAGGCUUUGAGAGCUACCGGGCCCAGCUGGACACCAAAACGGAUUCCACAGGCACGCACUCCCUCUACACCACGUACCAGGACCACGAGAUCAUGUUCCACGUGUCCACGAUGCUGCCUUACACCCCCAAUAACCAGCAGCAGCUCCUGCGGAAACGCCACAUCGGCAACGACAUCGUGAGCAUCGUGUUCCAGGAACCCGGCAGCAAGCCCUUCUGCCCCACCACCAUCCGCUCGCACUUCCAGCACAUAUUCCUAGUGGUGCGGGCUCACGCGCCCUGCACGCCGCACACCUCGUACCGGGUGGCCGUGAGCCGCACCCAGGACACCCCGGCCUUUGGGCCAGCUCUGCCCCAGGGCGGGGGCCCGUUCGCGGCCAACGCCGACUUCCGCGCCUUCCUGCUGGCCAAGGCGCUCAACGGCGAGCAGGCAGCGGGCCACGCACGCCAGUUCCACGCCAUGGCCACGCGCACGCGCCAGCAGUACCUGCAGGACCUGGCCACCAACGAGGUGACCACCACGUCGCUGGACUCGGCUUCGCGCUUCGGCCUGCCCUCCCUGAGCGGGAGGCGGCGAGCGCCCCCUCGGGGCCCGGGCGCCGAGCUGCAGGCGGCGGGGGCGCUGGUGUGGGGCGUGCGCGCGGCGCCGGGGGCGCGGGGCGCGGCAGGGGCCGGGGCCGAGGCCGGCGGUCCCGACGACGCCGAGGUGCCCUGCCUGCUGGGCGUCUCUGCUGAGGCGCUGGUGCUGGUGGCGCCGCGCGACGGCCGCGUGGUCUUCAACUGCGCCUGUCGCGACGUGCUGGCCUGGACCUUCUCCGAGCAGCGGCUCGACAUGUACCACGGCCGCGGGGAGGCGAUCACGCUGCGGUUCGACGGGCCCCCCGGCCAAGCCGUAGGCGAGGUCGUGGCGCGCCUGCAGCUGGUGAGCCGCGGCUGCGAGACGCGUGAGCUGGCGCUGCCCCGCGACGGCCAAGGCCGCCUGGGCUUCGAGGUGGACGCCGAGGGCUUCGUCACGCACGUGGAGCGCUUCACGUUCGCCGAGACGGCGGGGCUGCGGCCCGGGGCGCGCCUGCUGCGCGUGUGCGGCCAGACGCUGCCCACGCUGGGCUCCGAGGCCGCCGCCCAGCUGCUGCGCUCGGCGCCCAAGGUCUGCGUCACCGUCCUGCCCCCCGACGAGAGCGGCCGGCCCCGCAGGAGCUUUUCGGAGCUGUACACGCUAUCUCUGCAGGAGCCCAGCCGGCGGGGGGCCCCGGAGCCGGUGCCGGAUGAGGCCCCGGGGGUCCUGACCCUGCUGCCCAUCACGAGGCAGCUGCUGCAAGUGUGCCUGCACGACGGUGGCAGUCCCACAGGGCCUGGGGAUCUGGCUGAGGAGAGGACUGAGUUCCUGCACAGCCAGAACUCACCGUCGCCCCGCAGCUCCCUGUCAGACGAGGCUCCAGUCCUGCCCAACACCACCCCGGACCUCCUCCUGGCUGCCACGGCCAAGCCGGCAGCACCCAGCACUGGCAGAGAGACACCCCCCACCCAGGACGGGCCAGGCAGCCCCCGUGGUUGUGAGGACAGGGACGACCCGGCCCCAGAGCUGAGGGCCUCCUUCCUGCCACGAACCUUGUCUCUGCGGAACUCCAUCAGCAAAAUCAUGUCUGAGGCAGGCAGUGAGACCCUGGAAGACGAGUGGCAGUCUAUCUCGGAGAUCGCCUCCACUUGCAACACCAUCCUGGAGUCACUGUCCCGGGAGGGACAGCCCAUCCCGGAGAAUGGAGACGCCAAGGGAACUCCAAAGGCUGACGCUGAGCCAGAACCGAGGAGCCUGUCCGAGAAGGUCUCUCACCUGGAGUCCAUGCUCAGGAAGCUGCAGGAGGACCUGCAGAAGGAGAAGGCCGACAGGGCAGCCCUGGAGGAGGAGGUGCGGAGCCUGCGGCACAACAACCGGAGGCUGCAGGCCGAAUCGGAGAGCGCAGCCACCCGCCUGCUCCUGGCCUCCAAGCGGCUGGGCUCCCCCACCAGCGAGCUGGCCUGAGCCGUCUGGUCCAGCCUCAGCUGCGGACCUGCUCGCGCCUGCUCAGGCCCUUCGGGGCGCCUGGGUCACAGCAGGGCCCGGGGCCCACCUCAGGAACCCUCCCUGCGCUCCGAGGCGCGUCUUAGCACUGCCCCCCCCCCCCCCGCCCAUUAUUUGGUGGUGAAGUCGCCCUCACCCCGUCCCUGUUUGUAAAUAUUCUGGAGAAAAGGGGACUUCAGGGAGUAAAGAAGCCACUACUG